UCCAGUAGUUAUAUCCGCCAGACUGUAUAUAUAGUGACUGUAUGUAAACAGUGGUGCAUGUAAACAAAUUUUGAUCCUUGAGUGAACCUGCGAUUUGAUCCAUCUUAAAGAUUAAUCGAUUAUUGUUAUAAGUUUUAUUAUACGAUAGUAAGCUGAAUAACGAUGUCAGUGAUCAUUAAAGACGAACCUGAAUGUGAGAUCCGAGAAACCUCUAGCUAUCAUACAGAGGAUAUCGAAAGUUUGUUUCAAACAUGUAGACUUUGCUUGAGCGAAGAAUCGGUCGAGAGCGUUUACAACGAAGAGGGUUUGCAACAAUGGAUAACGGAUUAUCUUUCGAUAAAGAUAUUCUCAGGAGAUCGUAUGAGCCAAUCUGUUUGUUCCAUCUGCCGAAUACAGUUGAUGGAAUUUCAUCAGUUCCGAGAACGCUGCCAUGAAGUACAAAGCGCACUGAACUCCAAAAUUCGGGCUGAAAAGGAAUCAGAGGCUCGACUACUGCUAGAAUCGAUUCAAAAUGUGAUGGCUGAUGAAGUGGUGGACAUCGAAGAAAUUAAAAUUGGAACUGAUGGCAAUAUAGAUCUAACAGCAGCAUUACCAGACGCCAAAGAGCAUACAAACACAACUCAAGCUACAGAAGUUAAGAAAGAAGACGGUACCAAAAAUCACCAGUCACUCGAGUGUAAAAUAUGCUACAAAAUAUUUCGAUUUAGGAAUAAUUUGAACAUCCACAUGAGAUCUGUACACGGUCCAAGAAGAUUUAAAUGCGUUCCCUGUGGGGCAACAUUUUCUCGUCCACAGCAUUUGGAGUUGCAUUUGCAAACGAAAAAACAUGUCAAGAAAAUGCAGGACAUUGAAGCUCCCAAGGAAUCUGUCUCAAACAAUGAGUUCCAGUGUGACAAAUGCCAUAAAUCGUUUUCAAGAAAAGAACAACUGCAUAUCCAUAGCUGUACAAUUGACAAACUAAGGAAAUUUCCUUGCCCCACGUGUCGAAAGUUAUUUGUAUCCAAGCAUGCUGUGUAUAAGCACAUUGCAGCAGAUCACUUGAGUGGGGAGGAUAGGCCAUUUGAAUGUGAUAUGUGUCAAACGACAUUCAAGACAAAAAAACACUUGGUGGAACAUGAGAGAAACGUACACGGCCCAAAAAUGUAUCAAUGCGAUGUUUGUGAAUUCAGUUCCAGUAAAAACUACAACAUGACUCGACAUAUGAAAAGUCACGAUCGCAUCAAACGAACACCAUAACAUUUGGCAUGUUGGGUGAUGUUAAUCAAAUAUUGACUCUCCUCCAAAGGACAUAUGUGAUAAGAGAGAUGGCUACACGACUUCAGAGAGCGGUUUCGAUGGAAUAAGUUGAGUAUUCCGCGAAUACAUCAUGGUGUCGUGUCGUGAAUAUCCUUUCCGCCUGGAAGCCAAAUGUACGCGAAUGAAGACAGUCUUUCUUCGAUCCGAAUCUGAUUUUUAAAUCUCCUCCACCAGCACAGAGCGCGACACGGACACGUCCGUUCGUCUCCAAAUCCGCCAAAAGAAGACCGAUCAAGGCAAAGCCGAGCAAGCCUGAGGCAGUGAGGCUUCGCCUGCUUUGUCGAUUUAUUAUUCAGCACAUCUGUCAAUCCAAUUGUUAUGUAGGCUAUCAGUGCUAGUAAAUGCACUGGAAUAAACCAGCAAUUCCAAAUCAUCCA